GUUUUCAGGUAGCCGGAAACGAGUCGACAGCUGGGGGAAAUGACGUACGUUGUGUUGACGCGAGGUGUUUUCUGGGAAAGUGUCAGGACGCCAUUUCCACCACAGAAGAGUUAGCUCUGCCAGGCUUGUAGUUUUGGAAAAGCCACAACUUUUGAAGCCACCAUGGCGAGCCCGGGUAAAGACAACUGCAGGAUGAAGAGCUACAAGAACAAAGCACUGAAUCCGCAAGAGAUGCGCCGAAGGAGGGAGGAAGAAGGAAUCCAGUUGCGCAAACAGAAACGGGAAGAGCAGCUUUUUAAGAGGAGGAAUGUCAGUGCACUUUCAGUGGACGAGACAAUGUCAGAAUGUCCGAUCCAGGAUCCAGACAUCAGCUCGACUGUACCCGUUGCCAGCGUAAGUCAGGAUGGACUCAUAACACCGGAUAUGAUUCAGAUGAUCUUCUCUGAAGACGCAGACCAUCAGUUAAUUGCCACACAAAAAUUCAGAAAACUGCUUUCCAAAGAACCGAACCCUCCUAUAGACGAGGUUAUUGCCACGGCCGGCGUUGUCAAUCAGUUUGUUGAGUUCCUGAAGAGGAGUGAAAACUGCACAUUGCAGUUUGAGGCAGCCUGGGCUUUAACCAACAUUGCCUCUGGGACCUUCCUCCACACCAAAGUUGUGAUUGAAACCGGAGCUGUUCCCAUUUUCAUCCAGCUGCUGAACUCUGAGUAUGAGGACGUCCAGGAACAGGCGGUCUGGGCUUUGGGGAAUAUCGCUGGAGAUAAUGCAGAAUGCAGAGACUAUGUGCUCAGCUGUGACAUCCUCCCGUUUCUGCAGCAGCUACUUGCAAAGUCCAACCGUCUCACGACAACCAGAAAUGCCGUUUGGGCUCUGUCCAACUUGUGCCGCGGGAAGAACCCCCCACCAGAUUUUUCGAAGGUGUCGCCGUGCCUUAGUGUGCUGUCCAGGCUGCUCUUCAGCAGCGAUCCAGAUGUGCUGGCUGAUGCUUGCUGGGCUCUGUCCUACCUGUCCGACGGCCCCAAUGAGAAGAUCCAGACAGUUAUUGACUCUGGUGUCUGUCGCAGGCUGGUGGAGCUGCUCAUGCACAGUGACUAUAAGGUGGUCUCUCCUGCUUUGCGGGCAGUGGGCAACAUCGUCACAGGAGAUGACAUUCAGACACAGGUGAUCUUGAACUGUGCAGCACUGCCUUGUUUGCUACACCUGCUCAGCAGUCCCAAGGAGUCUAUCAAAAAGGAGGCUUGCUGGACUGUGUCCAACAUCACAGCCGGAAACAGAGCUCAGAUUCAAAAUGUGAUUGAUGCCAACAUCUUCCCAGUACUGAUUGAGAUUCUUCAGAAGGCAGAGUUCCGCACUCGGAAAGAGGCAGCGUGGGCAAUAACCAACGCUACCUCUGGUGGAACCCCGGUACAAAUAAGAUACCUGGUUUCCUUGAACACCAUCAAACCCAUGUGUGACCUUCUAACGGUGAUGGACUCAAAGAUUGUGCAAGUAUCUCUGAAUGGUCUGGAGAACAUCCUCCGACUGGGAGAACAGGAGUCCAAACAGAACGGAACCGGCAUCAACCCUUACUGUGCCCUCAUUGAGGAGGCUUAUGGCCUGGACAAGAUCGAAUUCCUGCAAAGUCACGAGAACCAGGAGAUCUACCAGAAGGCCUUCGACCUGAUUGAACACUACUUUGGUGUGGACGAGGAGGACGCCAGCCUGGCGCCCCAGGUGGACCAGGGUCAGGGCCAGUUUAUCUUCCAGCAGCAGGAAGGACCUAUGGAGGGUUUCCAGCUGUAACCCUGAAGCAAGGAUCCUGGGUCCUGACCUUAUUGGGGCCAGGUGUCGACAAAGGAACUUCUGUGAAGAGACAUGAUUGGUAACCGAUAAAGGACUCGGGGACGUUAAGUUGCCCUGGCGUGUGGAAGCCUACACCAGUUAACAUCUCCUGAUCUGCCACAAUUUCAUCAGACAUUAUUUGUAUCAUCCAACGCUACUUGUUUUUUAGUGGAAUAAUAAUUCUACCCUAUUUGAAUGUGUAACUACCUCUUCAGCCAAUCAGCGAGCAGGUGGUGUUUUUAUUUGAUCGCCAUUAAUGGACACUUGUGUGCGCUCUAUCUUGACUUCCUUAUUUGCCUUGAGAGGAGCUCCUCUUGUGUUCCACUCCAACUUCACCUACAGAUUUUGUGUGUCCUUGUCUUUCCUCGAGUGUUGCAGAUCAUGCAGACGUGCACUCUGCACGGGCGACAUCAUCGAUGUUUCAUCACUUGCUCAUCACGUGAGAGUGUAAAGAAAGUUGAAAUGUUAACAUAUGUCGUCACGAUUGUGAUGUUUGAUUUUGAUGAGGUUCACUUGCUCUCAACGAUGUCUUUUUCGUACAUUUCAGGUGUCUUCACUUUUCUACUUUAGUUUGUACAUCAGGUUUUGCUGCGGAGAAAAGAAAAAGUGGUUAUUGCAAUGUUAAUUGGUGGACAACAUGAGACCUAUAUUUACAAGAAAUAGAACAUAUUUGUAAUGCAAAAUUUAUUUCACCUCGUACAUUCUCCAGUGUACACUUUUCUAAUAUCUGUGUAAGAGUGUAUUUACAUAUGUAUACAUGUAUACACACAUAUAUGUAUGCAUAUGUGGUAUAUCCAUUCAGGCUUAACUCAGCACACUGGUAGUCACGUGACCGUUCCGGGCUAUGGCUGGCAGUGUGUCAGGUAAGCGAGCUAAUUCCCAAAAGUAUAUAUAUAUUUUUUUGGCCCAUUAAACAGUUGCAGUGUUUUUAUAUAUGUUGUCAAAUUCUGCAGUUAAACAAAAUGUUUCCAAUUCAUAUGAAACAUGCAAGGUCGAUAUUGUUUUUGUGCUUUAAAUUGCUAUGAAUAGACGGAAUUGAAUUUGUGACAAUAGCCACAAUGCUAAUUUAUGACAAUAAUGUCACGGCUUCAGUGAUUUUUUGAAAUAUAUGUUCUUUAUUCUAGUGAGUACAUUUGUGGUCACAAGCACAAAGAGUCAAAAGUUGAGUUAUUUUCAAAUAAGGAAUAUAUUUACCAUCCGCA